AUGCUCUUCGACAAAGCUUCGGCUCUCCUGCUGGCCAACACAAAUCUGUUGCAACCAUCCAGAUAUGUGACUAGCAACUUCCAGAUUUCAAUUGAUCAUAUUUCACGCUUUGAUUGGGAAAAAACAACCGCAACCGAAUCUCUGGUUUACCACGACUGCUAUGCUGGCUUUCAAUGCGCCAGACUACAGGUUCCUCUCGACUGGACCGCAGAAGAGGGAGCGGACAACCGAACUGUCCAGAUAGCUUUGAUCAAAUUUCCUGCACCUGUCCCAGUGACUGAUAGCAGAUACGGUGGUGCUGUGGUCCUCAAUCCUGGCGGCCCAGGUGGCUCAGGUGUCGGCUUGGGCACGCACACCCAGACAAUUAUUAGCGCAGGACCAGACACGGACGACAAAACAGAAAAGUACUUUGAUGUCAUCAGCUUCGACCCUCGUGGUGUCAACAACACCACGCCCAAUUUCCGUUGCUUUCCUGAUGCCCUCGAGCGCAUGGCCUUUGAGAAGGAACAUGCGUCCUACGGUCUGCCUGGUAGCAGCGAUACAGCAUUCAUAAAUCUCUGGACCAGUCAACGCACCCUAGCAGACUUAUGUUCGAAGAGAGCCAUCAAGGCAGGCAUUGGAGAACACAUGUCGACGACGAGUGUAGCAAGAGAUAUCGUGGAGAUCUUCGAGAGACACGGCGAAUGGAGAGAGCAAGAGGCCCGCAGACUUCUGACGUCUUCUGGAAACUCAGAAAGCGACCUGCCCGAUCAUCUCAAGUAUCAACCUGGCAAAGAAAUGGUCCAGUACUGGGGCUUCAGUUAUGGCACUGUCCUGGGAGCCACAUUGGCCGACAUGUACCCCGACCGAGUGAAGCGGGCAAUUCUGGAUGGUGUCGUUGAUUCGUUCGACUACUACAAAGGCACAUGGAUCAGUGUUGUGCAAGACACCGACAAGGAGAUCGCCAAAUUCGCAGAGUACUGUUCGAAGGGUGGACCCAAGAAUUGCGCUCUAUACCAUAAGGACGGACCCGCCUCCAUCGCUCAGCGGUUCUCAGCCAUCACCGAAAAUCUUCUGCAUAACCCCAUCGGUGUGCCAGGAACCAACGCCUACUCUCCUGACCUGGCAACUUACAGCGAUCUCAAGAGACUCUUCGCCGGCGUCGCUUACGGUCCUCUUCGCAGAUUCCACGGUCUCGCACAGAUCAUGGCAGAACUCGAGAAUGGUAAUGGUACUGCCUUGGUACAAGGAAGACGCGCGUGGACCACAGAAUUUGUGGAGAUCUCCUCCAAUAAGGAUCUCCGCGAAAGAUGUCAAAGGACCGGACCUUACUCCAGAGCUUGCAAUCCUCUCGCUGGGCUUACAAUGGACCAGCAAAUGGUUCAAAUGGCAGUUGUGUGCAGCGAUUCCGAACCAAAGACCAACUGGCAUGCACGCCCUAAAUGGCCUUACACUGGUCACCUCAAUGCAACCACCGCUCAUCCAAUCCUUUUCAUCGGCAACACUGUCGACAACGUCACACCCAUUGGCAAUGCCUACAGGAUGUCCAAAGGUUUCUCGGGCUCCGUCGUCUUGCGCCAAGAUACGGAAGGACAUGCUUCUUCUUCUGGCGUCAGUCUUUGCACUGCCAGAGCUGUGAGAACCUAUUUCCAGACUGGCGAAUUGCCCGAGAUAGACACCACUUGUCUGCCAGACCGACUGCCACUUGAUGGGUACAGCGAGGAGAAAGAGCAUCCUUUGCCCAAGGGUGAGACCGAUGAGGCACUGUGGAAGGCUGUGGUCGGUGUGAACGACCCAUCGGCACGCAUGCGGAUGUUCUGGUAG